AGCAGCGAGGCAGCCCGCCCGGCCUGUUGCUAAGGGCCUGCGAGGGGGCGGCGGCCUGUGGGGAAGAAGCCGAGGGUUUCCGAGGCGACGGGUGGAGGCUGCGGCCGGGUCUUGUGCAGGGAUGGCUCCGCCGGGGAGGCACCGGAGAACCACCGUCGACCCCUUGGCCGUCUCGCCGCGCCAGGAAGAAAGGGAUCACGCCAGGCUCGCUAAGAUUCAUUGUAAGGUUUUAAAAGGACACUCAGAUGCCGUGACCUCCUGUCAUUUCUGUUUUGAUGAUACAAAAAUUAUUUCAGGCUCCUGCGAUGGUACGGUGAAACUCUGGGAUAUCACUCAAAGUGUCCCUAUCCAGUCCUUUAAGGAAGAACAUGUGGGACCCAUUUCAGAAUGCUGCCUUAGUCCGGAUAACAAAAGGUUGAUAACAGCAUCAUACGAUAAAACGCUGAAGGCCUGGGAUACAGAAACCGGGAAAGUGCUGUGGUCUGUUGAGCAGGAUGGUCUUCUAACGUCAUGUGACAUUUCUCAUGAUGGUAAAUACGUUGUCUCUGGUUCUGAUAUGGAAAACGCUAUAUGCCUUGUUGAUGCGGUGAAUGCUGAACAGGUGGCAUGCAUCAGAGGGCACCACAGAAGCACAGUGAGAAGAUGUCGCUUUGAUCCUCACAACCAGCGAAUAGCUACGGUAUCAUCUGACAUGUCUAUAAAAUUCUGGGAUAUCAUAGCCCAGUCCACCACAAUCAGUGUUGAAAAGGCACACACCAAUGCGAUUUCAGAUUGCUGUUUCUCCUUGAAUGGUCAUUAUCUGUGCACAGCAGGCUGGGAUGAAGUCUUAAAAUUAUGGGAUGUCAGAACAGGGGAGUUUCGUUCUCACGGACCCAUUGUUUUGGAACAAGGUCAUAUAGGUAUCAUUGGUUGCUGCGUUUUCAGUAAAGACGCAUCACUUCUGGUAUCAGGUGGUUUUGACAAAACUGUAGUCGUCUGGGAUUUGAACCAAGCCUAUAAAAAGAUAAGUUUAAAGGGUCAUGAUCACUGGGUGACAGAUGCUGCAAUUAGUGGCAACAAGAAGCUGAUUGUUACUUCGUCAAAGGAUUGUACUCUGAGGCUAUGGAACAUUGAAAACGCCAAUGAGAUCCCUGUGGUAAUACAAGCCAUAAGAGCAAGAGGUUCAAAGGUAGCCAAGUGUGAAGAAUGUGAGAAGCCCUUCUUAAUCUUCCAGGAAAAGGAAGACAGAGUGGAAACCAGAUGUGUUUUCUGUCGACUGAAAGCUCACAAGAGUGUUUUACCAGUGCCCCCUUCCCUGCCUGCUGAUCUCUAAAUGAAUUGAUGUUAAAACGGUUGCGCUAUGUAGCAGUUGUUUAAAAUGCUUCUGUUCAGAACAUGAUUCUGAGACUUCUUUGCCUAUAACUGACAUUACAAACAUAACAAACAUAGAUGGUUUCAUUCCAAGCAUUACAAGCAAUUAGUGUGUGAGAUCAACAUAUGUAUCCAUAAACCAACAUAAUGAAAGUUUCCCAAAUUCUAUUGUACCAUGUUUCAAAUGUAACUUUAGCUGAAUCUUCAUUGGAAAAUCCAAGGGAUACUGACUAGUGGGAACACUUUUCUGCCCAACUGCGCAGCAACGGUUUUUCAAGUCCCUUUAUGCUGGGAUCCCUGUAGAAGGGGGUCGUCUGUGAUGUCCUAUAAAUGUGGAAGCCAUAAAAAUAACUGUUAAAAUACUGUCACACAACUAAAUACCGUGUGGCUUUCUCCCAAGCAUAACUGAAAAAGUCACUGUGGUAAUGGGAGAAAGAAAAUGUCAUGUGAAUCUGUAUUAAUUCAGCAUGUAAUAUGUGAACCACUUCUGACAGUGUUAACCUAGUGCAGGCUUCAGCUGAGAACUAGGUCAAGUUAUUGAAAUAUGUUCCUAUUCUGCUGAAUUUGCAUAUGUGUGUAUGAAGGAGACGGAAUAGUCUGACAUGAAGUCAGCAGUCACUGCUUUCACCUUUUUAACUGCAAACUUGAAGCUCCACUUUGAACUGGUUUAGAAUUUCCUUCUCUAUCAGUUCACAACAUCAAACGUUGUGGGACAUAUUUGUUGCCAAAAAUUUCCCUUUUAAAUGAUCUACUACAGGUCUUUUCAUCUGUAAUAAUACAUGAUGGUGGCAAGGAAAUGUUUCACCAUACAAAACAAUUAAGAAGAACUGAAUAUUCUGAGUACCAGCAUGGAUGCGGCCUCUUUUAGAAAUCUUAGGAUUGCUUAAUGGAAAAUAAAAGCUUUAAAAAAAUGGG